AUGACGUCACACGAGGAGCCCUGAAGUGGCGGUCAAGCUUGAGGCGUCAUCCGGCUGCGCCUAGUGGGCCGUUGCCUUACAGUUGCUGAGGGCAGGCGAGAGGCGGGGGCGCUAGGGCCGAGAUCAUGUCUGACUGGGAGAGGUUUCCUUGGCAGCAGAGGACGCUAGGUUUGGGAUGAAAGAAGCUGGGCAGAUGCAAAAUCUGGAGAGCGCGAGGGCCGGGCGGUCAGUCAGCACCCAGACUGGCAGCAUGACCGGUCAGAUACCAAGGCUUUCUAAAGUCAACCUUUUCACUCUGCUCAGCCUCUGGAUGGAGCUCUUUCCAGCAGAAGCCCAGCGGCAAAAAUCUCAGAAAAAUGAAGAGGGAAAGCAUGGACCCUUAGGAGAUAAUGAAGAGAGGACCAGAGUAUCUACUGACAAAAGACAGGUAAAGAGAACUGGUCUUGUGGUGGUGAAAAACAUGAAAAUUGUUGGUCUCCACUGUUCUAGUGAAGAUUUACAUGCCGGGCAGAUUGCUCUUAUUAAACAUGGGUCAAGGCUGAAAAACUGUGAUCUUUAUUUUUCCAGAAAACCAUGUUCUGCUUGUUUGAAAAUGAUUGUAAAUGCUGGAGUUAACCGAAUUUCAUAUUGGCCUGCUGAUCCAGAAAUAAGUUUGCUUACGGAGGCUUCUAGUUCUGAAGAUGCAAAGUUAGAUGCCAAAGCAGUGGAAAGAUUGAAGUCAAACAGUCGGGCCCAUGUGUGUGUCUUACUUCAGCCUUUGGUGUGUUAUAUGGUGCAGUUUGUAGAGGAGACCUCUUACAAAUGUGACUUUAUUCAAAAAAUUACAAAAACAUUGCCGGAUGCUAACACUGACUUUUAUUAUGAAUGUAAACAAGAAAGAAUAAAAGAAUAUGAAAUGUUAUUUUUGGUUUCAAAUGAAGAAAUGCAUAAGCAAAUACUGAUGACUAUAGGUUUGGAGAACCUGUGUGAAAAUCCAUACUUUAGCAAUCUAAGGCAAAACAUGAAAGACCUUAUCCUACUUUUGGCCACAGUAGCUUCCAGUGUGCCGAACUUUAAACACUUCGGAUUUUACCGUAGCAAUCCAGAACAGAUUAAUGAAAUUCACAAUCAAAGUUUGCCACAGGAAAUUGCAAGGCACUGCAUGGUUCAGGCCAGGUUAUUGGCAUAUCGAACUGAGGAUCAUAAAACAGGAGUUGGGGCAGUCAUUUGGGCAGAAGGGAAAUCUAGAAAUUGUGAUGGAACAGGUGCCAUGUACUUUGUAGGAUGUGGUUACAAUGCUUUUCCUGUUGGAUCUGAAUAUGCUGACUUCCCUCACAUGGAUGACAAGCAGAAAGACAGAGAAAUAAGGAAAUUCAGAUACAUCAUACAUGCGGAACAGAAUGCCUUGACAUUUAGGUGUCAAGAAAUAAAACCAGAAGAAAGAAGCAUGAUUUUUGUGACAAAGUGCCCAUGUGAUGAGUGUGUACCUUUAAUUAAAGGUGCAGGCAUAAAACAAAUCUAUGCAGGAGAUGUAGAUGUUGGAAAAAAGAAGGCAGACAUCUCUUACAUGAGGUUCGGGGAGCUUGAAGGUGUUAGCAAAUUUACGUGGCAGCUGAAUCCAUCAGGAGCUUAUGGUCUUGAACAAAAUGAGCCUGAAAGGAGAGAAAAUGGUGUGUUGAGACCUGUCCCACAGAAGGAAGAGCAGCACCAGGACAAGAAGCUGCGCCUCGGAAUCCACUAAGAAGGCCUGUCUACACUGCAGGGGAACCUCAAGAACUUUUCAUUGCACUUCUAAAAUUCAGCCUUGUUCAUUCAGAAAAUAAGGAUGGAUUUUGUGAAUAAUUGAAAAGAUUUUUUAAGGAAGCUAAUUUAUUUCUAGGAUACAAAUGGUGUUAAUAAGAAUAUUUGUCUUUUAGAUUUAUGUGUGGGUUUUGCAUAAUGUAGUAGUGUGUUAUUUUAUUACACGAAAUGAGGGAGCAAUAACUUAAACCAAUGUAAUCACCAACAUGGACUGAUUUCUAUUUAUCUUGACUUUAUAUUAGCCAGUUUGAAAGGGUCUGCUUCACAAGAGGUCAUGCCUCUGCAGGGAAUCGCACACCUUUUGAGAAAUAUUAAUUCUUUUGAAUUACAAGAGUGACAGUUAGUAAACUGCUCCAGGGAAAUAAGUGUCAUCUUUUAAGAGUCAGUGUAUAGCAAACCAAAAGGUCACAUUUAUACCCAAAGCUUUCUAGUAAUCAGAAUUUACUUAAUUAGAAUUGACUCAUAAAAAUAAAGUUAGUGGACUUGGUCUCCAUUUUUAAAGUAUAUUUUGUAAAUGUUAAUUCUGUGGUCCUGUUUAUCACAGACUUUGGGUAGCAAUAGGAAGAGAGUGUUAUUCUGAGACAGUGUCGCUGCUUGAUAUCACUGACUCUUGAAAUCACUAACAGUGAACCUCAAAUUUGGUUAUGAUGUUAACAGAGAAGAAAGAUUUGAGUCUGGAAUAUUGAAACUAGCUUUCCUAGAAUUCCAUUAAUAAAUGCUGCUCCCCCAUAUAGUCUUCCCUUCUGUAUAAUUAACAUAGGUUGUCUCAUGGCUUUGAUCUUCAAAAGGAAGAGCCUUUUAAAAACAUUUGCCAACCUCAAGAAUAAAUACUGAAAGUCUUGAAAGUAUGGUCAUUUCAGCUAUUCCAGAUUGCUGUCUGUGAUUUCUCACAUUUUUAUUUGCUGAGAAACAUUCAGAAAAUUAUUCCAGAAAUGAAGGUACAUUUUCUGUUCUCUCCUAGGUUAGAGAGGGGUGGCCUGGGGUGCUUCAUGAGAAAUGUCUCCCUGGAUCUGCGGUGGUCAGGUUUGCCUCUGCUUUUGUUCCCUGCCUUUCCACCACAUCACACGGCCUCACUGGGCUUCCUACCAGUUUCUCAGAAUUACACGCAUGACCAUCCAAACAUUGGCUCCAUGCCAGGUUUGUGACUGCAGCCUGUGUAGGACCAUGGGGAGUUCAGCGUCAUCAUACAAGGCAGCCAAGAACUGCCAUAAACACUACACAGAUGGGGAGGGCAUGGGAUAGGACAGGAGAGGAGGUGAUGUACACUUAGAGGUAACUAAGGCUAGUUUGAAAACCGUGAGUUAAGAUAUUCUUAUCAGUAUAAAAACACUGAGAUUGCUUACCUCCCAAAUUGCUUUAUUAUAUUAACUCUCAUGCUUCAGCUCUUAGAUUUGUUGUUUCUAACUAACAUGUCAUGUACACCAAACAUUUUACAAAUCAAUCAGUAAAUAUUUUGUCAGACCCAAAAUCCUGGCAUACUGCCAGGUCUGUGGAUUUGCCUGUUGGGUGUUGGGAUGGGAUAUCAGAGGAAGAAGCAUACAAGUGGGAAAAACUGUGAUUAGAAAGGGAAAAAUAGGCAUUUCCACAGUACUAUUAACAGAGGCAUGAUAAUGCCAUUUUUUUCCUUCUGUACAACUGGUCAGAUUUCAAUAAAUAAUCAUUGAUGGUUUA